UUUCCGGUGGAAAUGAACUCCGGUGUUACGCCUUUCUGUCUCCGACGCCUUUCAUUCAUUUUGUUUUUUUUCGGGAGUGCUGUCUUUCCACGGGUAGCUAUCCCUUUGCUGUAAUCAAGGAGGAAAAACAUCUUUCAAAUUGUGGAAUAACGUCACUCACCCUAGCGACGUAUUUUCUUAUUGAAAUGACCUAAAAACAAAUUUGAAGAACAUCUACAAUGACUGACUCAAAAUAUUUUACAACAAAUAAAAAAGGGGAGAUCUUUGAGCUGAAGGCAGAGCUGAACAAUGAGAAGAAAGAGAAGAGGAAGGAGGCAGUGAAGAAGGUCAUUGCGGCUAUGACUGUGGGCAAGGAUGUCAGCUCCCUCUUCCCAGAUGUGGUGAACUGCAUGCAGACUGACAACCUGGAGCUGAAAAAGCUGGUCUACCUGUACCUGAUGAACUACGCCAAGAGCCAGCCCGACAUGGCCAUCAUGGCUGUCAACAGCUUUGUCAAGGACUGUGAGGACCCUAACCCCCUGAUCCGUGCCCUGGCUGUGCGCACCAUGGGCUGCAUCCGCGUGGACAAGAUUACAGAGUACCUGUGUGAGCCGCUGAGAAAGUGUCUGAAGGACGAGGACCCAUACGUGAGAAAGACAGCAGCAGUGUGCGUGGCAAAGCUCCACGACAUCAACGCCCAGAUGGUGGAGGACCAGGGUUUCCUGGACUCCCUCAGGGAUCUCAUUGCCGACUCCAACCCCAUGGUGGUGGCCAAUGCGGUGGCAGCUCUGUCUGAGAUUAGUGAGUCCCACCCCAACAGCAACCUGCUGGACCUCAACCCACAGAACAUCAACAAGCUGCUGACAGCCCUCAACGAGUGCACAGAGUGGGGCCAGAUCUUCAUCCUGGACUGCCUGUCCAACUACAACCCCAAAGACGAGCGCGAGGCCCAGAGCAUCUGCGAGCGGGUCACGCCCCGUCUCUCCCACGCCAACUCGGCGGUGGUGCUGUCGGCUGUCAAGGUGCUGAUGAAGUUCCUGGAACUGCUACCCAAGGAGUUGGACUACUACAACACCCUGCUGAAGAAGCUGUCCCCCCCGCUGGUCACCCUUCUCUCUGGGGAGCCAGAGGUCCAGUAUGUGGCCCUCAGGAAUAUCAACCUCAUCGUCCAGAAAAGGCCUGAGAUCCUUAAGCAGGAGAUCAAGGUGUUCUUUGUCAAGUACAACGACCCCAUCUACGUCAAACUGGAGAAACUGGACAUCAUGAUUCGCCUGGCCUCCCAGGCCAACAUAGCUCAGGUGUUGGCUGAGCUGAAGGAGUAUGCCACCGAGGUAGACGUUGACUUUGUGCGUAAGGCAGUGAGGGCCAUCGGACGCUGUGCCAUCAAAGUGGAGCAAUCUGCUGAGCGCUGUGUUAGCACCCUGCUAGACCUCAUCCAGACCAAGGUCAACUAUGUGGUGCAGGAGGCCAUCGUGGUCAUCAGGGACAUCUUCCGCAAAUACCCCAACAAGUAUGAAAGCAUCAUCGCCACGCUGUGUGAGAACCUGGAUUCUCUGGAUGAGCCGGAUGCGCGUGCCGCCAUGAUCUGGAUCGUGGGCGAGUACGCUGAGAGGAUCGACAACGCCGACGAGCUGCUGGAGAGCUUCCUGGAGGGCUUCCAUGACGAGAGCACGCAGGUCCAGCUCACUCUUCUCACAGCCAUCGUCAAGCUUUUCCUCAAGAAGCCCUCUGAGACUCAGGAGCUGGUGCAGCAGGUCCUCAGUCUGGCCACACAGGACUCCGACAACCCUGAUCUGCGUGACAGGGGUUACAUCUACUGGCGCCUGCUGUCCACCGAUCCGGUAACGGCCAAGGAGGUGGUCUUGUCCGAAAAGCCCCUGAUCUCGGAGGAGACAGACCUGAUUGAGCCCACCCUGCUGGACGAGCUCAUUUGCCACAUUGGCUCCCUAGCCUCCGUCUACCACAAGCCCCCCAACGCCUUCGUGGAGGGCAGCCAUGGCAUCCAUCGCAAGCACCUGCCCAUCCAGCACGGCAGCAUUGACACAGGCGAGAGCCCUGUGAGCGCAGGGCCAGCGGUCCCUAUUGAACAGGCCCAGUCAGUCAUCCCUUCCCAGGGAGACCUGCUGGGAGACCUGCUCAACCUGGACCUGGGUCCCCCCGUCAAUGUGCCCCAGGUCUCCUCCAUGCAGAUGGGCGCUGUCGACUUGCUGGGCGGAGGCCUCGACAGCCUGCUCGGUGGAGACCUGGGAGGAGGUGUUGGGGGAAGUCCAGCAGUGGGACAGAACUUUAUUCCCUCAUCAGUUCCCAACACGUUCGCCCCAUCGCCGACUCCUGCAGCGCUCAGCAGCGGCCUCAACGACCUGUUUGAGCUCUCCACAGGCAUGGCCAUCUCCACAGGAGGCUAUGUUACCCCCAAAUCUGUAUGGCUGCCUGCAGUGAAAGCUAAAGGACUGGAGAUCUCAGGCACAUUCUCCCGCCGACAGGGCCAAAUGUACAUGGACAUGACCUUUACCAACAAGGCCUUGCAGCACAUGACCGACUUCGCUAUCCAGUUCAACAAGAACAGUUUCGGAGUGAUCCCCACCACCCCUCUGCCCAUCCACACUCCACUGAUGCCCAGCCAGAGUAUUGAAGUUUCCCUGCCUCUCAACACCAUUGGGCCAGUCAUGAAGAUGGACCCACUGAACAACCUACAGGUGGCUGUGAAGAACAACAUUGACGUUUUCUACUUCAGCGGGCUUAUCCCACUCAACAUCUUCUUCGUGGAGGAUGGCAAAAUGGAGCGACAGGUGUUCUUGGCCACCUGGAAAGACAUCCCCAAUGAGAACGAGCUGCAGUACCAGAUUAAGGAGUGCCACUUAAAUGCAGACACGGUGUCGGGGAAGCUGCAGAACGACAACAUCUACACCAUCGCCAAGAGGAACGUGGAGGGCCAGGAUAUGCUCUACCAGUCCCUCAAGCUCACCAAUGGCAUCUGGAUCCUGGCUGAGCUCCGCAUCCAACCCGGCAACCCCAACUACACACUGUCCUUGAAGUGCCGGGCUCCUGAGGUUACCCAGUAUGUCUACCAGGUGUACUACUCAGUCCUGAAGAACUGAACUCUCUCUCCGUCCACUCACUCACUCACUCACUCACUUACCACCCUCCACUCCACACCUCUCUCCAAGAACAAACAGCAGAUGUUAGCGUUCUAGUCAUGCAUUAUUCCUCUCCACCAUCCUUACCGCCAUGGGAGAAUGUGACAUCCCCAGUCCAUCCUUAACUAAAUGUUUUAAUGUCGUAAAAUGUGGUUGAUGGUGAAGCUCUCCAAAAAAGAAACCUUUCAUAUUCACCAAGCCAUCGCCCCACCUCUUUGUACUGUAUUUCCAAUAUUGAAAAGUGUAAUAUCAUAUUUGUUUGUGUGUCUAUUCUUUUUAAUGCUUUAUAUUCUUCCGUGGUACUUUUCCUACUUGCCCAACCAUAAUCGAUUGAGUACCAUCUACCAGGCCUUGCUGGAGCCGAAAAUGCCAGUUGAACCAAUUGCUUAGUCUCCAUGAUGCAUCAAGUACCAUUUUGAGCCAAUAUGGCAGUGGUGAGAGCAGAGCCAGGGAACAUAAAAUAGAUUUUAAUGCAUUAGUGGAUUUCAUUCUGUUCUCGUUUUAGUAACCACUAUGAUAAACCACUAUUUAUGGUAGCUAUUAUUAUGUUUGCUCCCGUCUGCCAUUCCUUUUUUACUGGUGCUUGCAGGCAGCUGAUCAUUUCAUGCUUCUCAUCCCUUUUCUGAUUGCUCGACCUGCCACAACAAUAAAACACCGCUAUAGCCAUUCCUAGAUUUCCAAUAAUCCAUGUCCUUUUGCUGGUUUUGUGCUGCAGUAUUAAUGAAUAUGCCAAUAGUGAGUGUGGAAUGAGUUGUCCAUUCUGUAUUGCUGUUCUCAUGUUACAUUGAUUGCAAUGAGAUAGUAUGUAUUAUUCUUUAAUUGUAAGAUUGUUAUUGAUAUUCCAUUUUCAGCUGUUCAUCUAAACAGAACUCAAACCCAAAGCCAGGGUCAAUAUCAUUUGAUAUUUUGCUUAGUAGGGAACAACCCCAUACUGUCAUCAAUGACAUGCCUAGUGUAUGUGUUUGUGUUAUUGUGCUGUUAAAACCACCUCCCUGGCAUUGCUUUAUCCUGAACAUGGAGGAUAUGUAGUGCUUGCAGCCCACCUAAAAGACCAGGGUCACCCCUCUAUGAUUAUACUGUGCAGUGACCUGGUAUAGUUUGUAGACAUGAAGUUCUGUACAACUAAUGAAAGAUUAUUAUAUUACUACCAGAAUAAGUGUGCUUGAAAUCCAUAACAGAAAAACAGUGGCACUAUAUUCCAGUUAUGUACCAAGUCCUCAUAUGUGGAAGUUUUAUUUUACCUUUAUUUAACUAGGCAAGUCAAUUAAGAACACAUUUUUAUUUUCAAUGACUGCCUAGGAACAGUGGGUUAACUGCCUGUUCAGGGGCAGAACGACAGAUUUGUACCUUGUCAGCUAGGGGAUAUGAACGAACUUGCAACCUUUCGGUUACUAGCACAACACUCUAACCACUAGGCUCCCCUGCCGCCCCAGUGAUCUAAAUAAGUUUUAUUUAUAAAUGUAUACAAACUGAUAUGAUUUUAAUAUGCCAUAUCUCUAUGAACAUUGUUGUUAUACCUCUGCUAGUUGAGCUCAAACAUUUUAAUAAUUUGAUUUAAGCCAAUGUAAAAAGCAGUCUCAAGGGUACCAAUUGUGUUUGUGACUUUAGCUUCUUAAUUGUAUUGUUACCAUACAUGCUGAUGUGCCUGUGAACCUGCAAUAAAAGCAGUGUCCAAUGCUCGGUUUCGCUCACUCAAAACGACACUUAGCUACAUGGGAAGGUCUGAUCUUUGGCCACAGUUUGAUUGUAUGUGUCCCCAGCAAGAUGUUGGGUAACACUUUUUUGGGAUAGUCUGUAGAGCAUCUAGAUGGACUAUCAGUAACAUUUUAACUAUCUACUAACCCUAAACUUAACCCUUACACUUCUAAACCGAACCGUAACCUGGUAGUAUGACCAGAUGUUAUUAUAAAGGCGUAUUUGGUUCUGGCUUUCCCACCCAGAACUAUGUUUGAGAAAAAUAUUUAAUGUACUUACUCAUAAGCCCAGCAACCAGGAAUAGGCCAACAGAACAGCUGUAGUAAGUAAUAAUGUGACAACUGAAAUGACCGUAUGUUUUAGCCUUCUCAAGCUAGCCUGUUGAUCCUGCAUCACUCCUCAUCCCCAACUUGUCACUGUAUCCGCUCUUAUUUCAAUAAAAUGUAUGUUAUAAACUUA